CAAGCACAAGGUUGUCAAGAGCGAUAUGACUACCUGCAUGUUUUGUUAAUCCUUUGGACGCCUCAAGAAGUGAGUGUUGUAUGAACUGGCAGUGGGGGAUGGCUUCUUCAAGGGCUGAAACUCAGGGUCAGGCCAGCCUGUAUGCCUUGGCGAUCCAAGUGUUUGGGAAACGGCAGUCAGCACGUUUCUGGGCGUGUGGUAAGCGCGAAUCGCUCAAUGACGAUGAGCUUGAUCAGUGGCGUGAUGAGGAGAACCACGAUACCGCAUACAAUCGUGACAGUUGCCUUCCCGGUUUGCUUGAGCAGGGCAUGAAAUUGGCGUCGUCGCUGCCGAGGCAGGUGUUGGACACACAGCAAAAUCAGCUUCACCACCUGCAACCUCUGCCACAGAAGCGACGACAUCAGCUUCAGUGCCUGCUGAAGCAAGUCGGAAAGGCACUUGUCACGAUCGUUUGCGGCAUUGUGGUGCUCAUGAUUACACCUGUGUUUAAGCUAUUCGUCAUCGAGCGUUCCCCAACUUCUUGAUUCGCCAGGGCUUACCGGCAAGCAUGAGCCGAUGUUCAUCGGCAUUCACCUACAUCUGGCCCAAAUUCUUUCCUCAGCAGGACCCUUCCUCCCGUCCUGCUCGCGCA